GUGCCACAACGCUCCAUAAAGUUUUCUCAGUCGAGGCUUAUUCCAAAACCAGAGGCAAACCAUCCACUCCCGUUCCAGAUAUCCCCAACUGCCCACCACAUAUAUUCCCGCUCACCCCAGUCCUCCCUGACUCGUACCCACACUAGUCACAUCCGCAACGCGCAACAAACACCCCACCCCAGAAAAAGCGCUCGACAAAAUGCCAGCCCGAACCACAGGUUGGGCCGUCGCCGACGACAGCACCAGCACCGCUUCAGGAGCCUCUUCUCGCCCCACUUCGGCUGGCUUGACUGUUUCCGCUGCUUCCAAGUCCACCGCCAACAACAACUUCAAGUCCAACGGUGCGCAGAACAUCACCACCGGCAACAGCAUCACAUGUUUGGUCUCAAGCUCCACCCUCUCGCACUCCUGCUCCACGUAUCCCCCAUCCGCCACUUCACCAAAAGCAGCUUCACCCAAACCCAAACCGGUAUCAAUCUACAUCGCGCCCAACCCCACCGCCGCCACGCCCACCAAACCCAAAGCGAACAAUUUGAGAAUCAUCGCGGACACGCCGAGCCCCUCACCCCCUUCGAGCACCACCACGUCGCAGAGGAGGGCGAGGGCGCCUGAUGAGUGGGAUUACUCGUCGAGUGAGGAGAGUGAGGGUGGGGAGGAUAAUGAAGAAGAGGAGAUUGUUGUCGAGUAUGCGGUUCAGGCCACGACGGACACCGGCCCCACCAAAACUAUGGAUGUGAAAGACCAAACCCUGGAGAAACCCGAAAAAAGCAAGAAAGACCAGAACCACGAACCCAACAAAGGAAAGAUCUACCGCCCCACGGUCCCCAACCGCUCCACCACCCCACCCCACACCCACAUCCCCACCACCGGCACCGAAACAGGCCUCUGGGUCGACUCCCUCCGCCCCAACCCCGAAAACGACACCGACUGGUCCGCCUUCGAUACCUGCAAGCCCGCCGCGCAGACCGCGCCGAGCGAGACGCCCGACCUUGGGUAUGAGGAUAAGUUUCUGUUGGCGUUCGAUUUUCGGAUUAAGCAGAAAUUGCCGGAAUUGCAGCGGGUCGCAACACAAGCCAAAAUCAAAAUAUCCCACGACGCCAAAAACAACGAGCUGGUCAUCUCCGCCAACACCAAGGAAGAGCUCCUCGACGGCUUACUCCGAGUCUACGACCUAAUCGACCGCAAAACCCCGCACAUCGUCUCCACAACGCCGACGCACCUGCGGAUCCAGAAACCGGACCGGCCGGGGUACUGGGGCCAGCCGAGGGAGGAGUGUGCUCAGCGGGGGGUUUACAAGGUGUUGGGGAAUGUGAGUGAGAGUGCGGGGAGUGAGAGGGGUGCGGGGAGUGAGAGCGGGGUUUGA